AGCGGGGCUCGGGGAUGCCUCCCCUCUGCGGGGCGGCCCGGCGGGACAGCGCUCACCCUGCGCUGUCGGGCAUCCCGGCGGCGGGCAGCGGGAGGGGGAGUUCGUGGAGUGGGGGGCCGCCUCCUUUCUGGCUCUUUCUGCCUCCGCCGCUGCGGUGGUGCUGAUGGCGAGGCGGCCUUCCUGGGGAUGCAACACGUCCGUCCUCGCUGGGCGCUGGGGUGGAGGGGAUGGAGCGGGGAUCGGGCCUCUCUGGCCUCGGCCCCGGUGGCGUGCCGCCCGGAAGGUGCUCCUGGCGUUGCUGCCGUGCAGGUGCCGUCGCUGUGUGAUGGAGGCACGGUGCCGCUCUUGCUGAUGGCACGCACCUUUAGGCUGAAGGUGCGGCGGCAUCGCUGCCUUGCCGUGUUUCUCCACGUCCUGCAGGACCCUCGGCUGCCGCCAGCCCUGCCCGCAGCCCUCCGCGUCUCCUGGCAGCGGGGGAUGUGCCAGCCACCAUGUUGGCUCUGUGCGUGGAGCUGCCAGGUGACAUGGUGGCUGGGACGGCCGCAGCUGGGCCGCGCGUGUGUGGCUCCUGAUGGCUGGUGCUCUGCCAGAGCACUGCGAGAGGCUGAAGGAAAAACAUCGGCGCUGUCGGGCUGGUCACUCGCAUCAAGGCUACUUUCUCUGCCGAUACUCGGUGUUAGAUGUAAGCCAGGCAGCCUGUGAACAGUGGUCUGGAUUGAUGUCUACAAUGACUAUGUGAUGUGAUCUAAUGCCUCAGAGGGUGAUUGCUGUCCUCUGCAUCCUGCUGGCUUCUCAGGUCACUGGGAAGUGUCCUUGUUCCUGUAAGCCUGUGCUGAACUGCUCUAGGGAAGAGAUUACUUGUAACUUUUCCUUUAGGGUUUGCCACUUAUUUAGAGUAACGGAUGAUGCUUCUGUUAAAAUAUUACUUGGAUGCGAAUUUAUUACUGUGGGGCUGCAUUUCUGGCCUCAUGAAUAGAAAGGCAAUGUUCUGACUGUACCUCAGGCCUUGGGUGUGCAAUGCUCAGAUCUGUGCUGCUCUGAUCUUUCUGCCUUCCUUCCACCCAAGUUCUGAAUGUGUUUCCUCUUCCUUUCUCAUACAUUAAUUAUAUGUCUCUAAUAUUGGCCUAUGGAAGAAUUUCUGCUGCUCCUUGUCCUGCCACUGUCUUUGGCUUUUUCCCUCUUUUCUGUUUUGCCUCCUCUAUUUCCCCAUUCCUAAUUCUUUUGGUCUUCUCCGCUUGAGCUUCUCUUCCGUAUUUUUUCCUAGGCUGUCUUUCCUUUUUGUCCCUUUGUACUAUUUUGGAGACCGCAUCUUGGCUCUACUGUGUCUGUGUUGCUUUUUGUUUAAAGAUUUACUUGAGAUCCAGUUUGCAGAUCUUUCCUCUUCCUGACGCUUUUUCAUGGCACUUCAAUGCGCUCUGUUCAGUUAACAUACGUAUUCUAUGCGUUCUAACUUACUGAAUGUAUCUUGUUUACCAAGGCUGCUCCCCUGUCUAGUUAUUAUGGCAUUACCAAAUGUCUUUUUCUCUACAUAAAUCUAAGAUCCACUCACCUGCAAUUUUUGACCAAUGGUGAUAGUCUCCAACAAGGAUUAUAUUGAUGUACAUGCGUCAUUAUCAGGCAAGCCUUCAGACUCCAACUGUUGCUGCAGUUGCUUCUGCCCUCAUGGACAGACAAGUGAGAACCAGAAUGUCUCAAGGAGGAGUCUCAAGUCAUACUGAAUCUGAAUUUACCAAGAAACAGAGAAAAAAACACAACAAAUGUGGAAAUGGACUGACCAGUUGGGAAGAGCAAGAAGGCACUGGUCUAAACGUGAAUCCGUGGCCACCCCUCAGCACUUUGGCAGGUUGUAUGGAAAGCAGGUAAAAUGGUGGCAAUCUGAGAAAUCAUCUUGAGAGGCUUCUCUUUUUUUUUGUGACCGCUCACAUUUCAUAUCUCAUAUGAAGAGCUACUGACAGUGGGUUUCAUCAUUUGACCCACCACCACAGCAUACCCAAGCUGUGCCUUUGUAUCAAAAGAGAAUUAGUUCUUUUUCACCUUGAGUAACAUUAAUUGGCAUGUAGUUGCGGUAAGUAAUGUCCUGGGAAAGCCUGAUGCCCACAGUGUUCUUCUCCAGGAUGGUGGAACAACCAAAACCAUCUUUAAAAGCUCUUAAUGGUUUCACUUAAUUCAGUAAAUGCUUAUGGGGAGGGUAGGAAGUUUAAUGGCUCUGUGUAGAUAAUAAAGAGAGACCCAGCAAAAUACCAUGGAAUAGCCUCCUUUAUUUAUUUAUUUAUUUCUAUUUUUAUUUUUGAAUUUGUUUUAUAUGAUAACCCUAUAAGAGUGGCAAAGGAAUUAUUUCCACAGAGUGUCAGCACAUUUUGAAGAGUGUCUCUGUGUGCUCAGAAGGUCAGGUCAUUCAUACACUUCAGUAUCUUCAGAGCUUGUAAACUUUUGCUCCGGAGCCUUCUUUAAGAUAGUUAUUAGUGUUCUGGGAUGCUGUACUGAAAUGGUCAGUCUUCUGGGCAGCUUUGAGAGGUGAGGCCAAAACCUUGAGCCUAAAGCUAAUAUAAGUAUUUAGAAUGUCUAAAUAAAGUGUUUUGUUAUUUCAGCUUAUAUGUGUGCUGAUUAAUAGAAAAAAAAUAUGUACACUUUAUUGAAAGGAAGUAGUUGUAGAAAGAUAUGCCAUAUUUUUUGGCAUUUUAUUAAUUUAUUUCAUUUACAGAUAUCUGGUAGCAAGCCAUAGCAGCCACAUUUAAGGUCAGGCUGGACCGGGCUCUGAGCAACUUGAUCUGGCUGUGGAUGUCCCUGUUCAUUGCAGGGGAGUUGGACUAGAUGGCCUUUAAAGGUCCUUUCCAGCUCUGAGGAUUCUGUGAUUUGGGCAACUGAGGGCUGGCAGACUGGGUUUCUCAGUGGAAUUGGUCAGUUUGAAUAGAGCAAAAAGUGUCCAGACGGUGCUUUAUUUCUGCAUGAGACUGGACUGUGUCAUAUAGGCAGUGCAAGGCUUGUAGCUGUGGUGGGUCAUUUUUCUUCCAAUACUGAACAUGGAGCUUUGAUAGAAAUUAAGAGCACUAUUUCUAAAACAACCAGUCUCAAAGAAGGUGUAGAGCUUCUGCUGCUCUUUGAAAUGCUCUCACCUUCUUGAUCAAAUUUCCUAAGACACUUAAAGAAACAGCACAGCUCUUUUCGUAUCUGUAGUUCAUUGCAUAGUGUACACUUCCAGCAGUAAGUAAAUAAUAUUAACUCUAUUAAUAUUAACAAGUAUUAGCUUGUAUUUCUCCUUUUUGGCUAUAGAAUUGCCACCUCAUAUGAACCUCCUGUUAUCCAGUGACUCGUUUAUUAUAAAUGAAUCCUGAGAUUUUUGGAGGCACAGAUAAGCGCUUUUUUUUCAAUUUCCUUUUUCUUACCCAUUUGCUAGCACAAAGGCAAUCUAAAGCAGAAGCAGACAUUCACUGCCUUUCUUGUCUUCCCUGAGCACUCAUGCAUGGUAAUGUUCAAUUUAUUCAGUUAAAAAGAGUGAAGAUACCUUUUUUAUGUUUUAAUUCUUAAAUUAAAAAAAAAAAAGAAUCAGUUGUGGUUGGAACAGAUGUGAUUCCCUCAACAUUUUCAAAAAGUUGAAUGAAAGUUUCUGUGUUUGUUUUUUGUCAUUUAUGUAGUUGCUUCCAAAAUCCGCUACCUUCAAGAAUACCACAACCGGGUUCUCCACAACAUUUACCCUGUGCCCUCUGGAACUGACAUUGCAAAUACUCUGAAAUACUUUUCUCAGACGUUACUGAGCAUUUUGUCCCGCACAGGGAAGAAGGAGAAUCAAGAUGCCUCCAAUUUGACAGUGCCCAUGACCAUGUGUCUUUUUCCUGUGCCAUUCCCACUCACCCCAUCUCUAAGACCACAGAUCUUGGGCAAUCAAUUUUUUACACUACUACAUGCUUGCUUCCUUUUCUCAAUGAUGAUAUUUUGAGUACUUUACCUUAUACAAUGAUUUCAACAUUAGCUACCUUUCCACCAUUUCUGCACAAGGAUAUUAUAGAAUAUCUCAGCACAUCUUUUCUGCCUAUGGCUAUCUUGGGCUCCUCAAAGAGGGAAGGUGUUCCAGCUCAUGUCAAUCUAUCUGCGUCAUCAAUGCUAAUGAUUGCAAUGCAAUAUACGUCAAACCCAGUGUAUCACUGCCAGUUACUGGAAUGCCUCAUGAAAUAUAAACAAGAAGUAUGGAAAGAUUUGCUAUAUGUCAUAGCCUAUGGACCAUCUCAAGUUAAACCUCCAGCAGUACAAAUGUUAUUUCACUAUUGGCCCAAUUUAAAACCCCCUGGGGCAAUCAGUGAGUACAGAGGACUGCAGUACACAGCCUGGAAUCCUAUUCAUUGCCAGCAUAUUGAAUGCCAUAAUGCAAUUAACAAACCAGCUGUGAAGAUGUGCAUUGACCCAUCCUUGUCUGUGGCUUUGGGUGAUAAACCACCUCCCCUAUAUCUUUGUGAAGAAUGCAGCCAGAGAAUUGCAGGGGAUCACAGUGAAUGGUUGAUUGAUGUUCUUCUACCACAAGCUGAAAUUUCUGCUAUAUGUCAGAAGAAGAACUGUAGUUCACAUGUGAGAAGAGCUGUGGUUACAUGCUUCUCAGCAGGAUGCUGUGGUCGCCAUGGCAACAGGCCAGUGCGCUAUUGCAAAAGAUGCCAUUCAAAUCACCACAGCAGUGAAGUUGGGGCAGCAGCAGAAACCCAUCUUUACCAGACCUCACCACCCCCUAUUAAUACACGGGAGUGUGGGGCAGAGGAGCUUGUGUGUACUGUAGAAGCUGUGAUCAGCUUGCUGAAGGAAGCAGAGUUCCAUGCUGAGCAGAGGGAGCAUGAACUCAACCGCAGGAGGCAGAUGGGACUUUCCUCUUCCCAUCACUCCCUGGACAACACAGACUUUGAUAAUAAAGACGAUGACAAGCACGACCAACGCCUCCUCAGCCAGUUUGGAAUCUGGUUCUUGGUGAGCCUUUGCACUCCCAGUGAGAAUACACCCACAGAGAGUUUAGCAAGGCUUGUUAGCAUGGUAUUCCAGUGGUUUCACUCUACAGCUUACAUGAUGGAUGAUGAAGUUGGUAGCCUGGUUGAAAAGCUCAAACCCCAGUUUGUUACCAAGUGGUUGAAGACAGUUUGUGAUGUCCGGUUUGAUGUCAUGGUUAUGUGUCUCCUUCCUAAACCAAUGGAGUUUGCCAGGGUUGGUGGAUACUGGGACAAAUCAUGUAGUGCUGUGACCCAAUUAAAAGAAGGACUGAAUCGAAUCCUUUGCUUGAUUCCAUACAAUGUAAUAAACCAGCCAGUGUGGGAAUGUAUCAUGCCAGAGUGGUUGGAAGCCAUAAGGACGGAAGUGCCUGAAAAUCAACUGAAAGAAUUCCGGGAAGUAUUAAGCAAAAUGUUUGACAUUGAACUUUGCCCUCUCCCUUUCUCCAUGGAAGAGAUGUUUGGCUUCAUUAGUUGUCGAUUCACAGGGUAUCCAGCCUCUGUGCAAGAGCAAGCAUUGCUCUGGCUGCAUGUGUUAUCUGAACUUGACAUUGUUGUUCCUCUUCAGUUACUAAUCAGCAUGUUUUCUGAUGGAGUUAAUUCUGUGAAAGAAUUAGCAAAUCAAAGAAAAUCUAGAGUCAGUGAACUGGCAGGAAAUGUUGCAGCUCGGAGGGUAAGCGUUGCUUCUGACCCUGGGCGCAGAGUUCAGCACAACAUGCUGAGUCCUUUCCCAAGCCCCUUCCAGAGCCCAUUUCGGAGUCCUAUACGUAGUCCUUUUCACAGUCCCUUCAAGAACUUUGGACAUCCUAGUGGAAAGGCAAUUGACUUUGACUGUGAGGAUGAUGAAAUGAAUCUUAAUUGCUUCAUUUUGAUGUUUGAUCUCAUCUUGAAGCAGAUGGAACUCCAGGAUGAUGGUGUCACUUUGGGUUUAGAGAACAGCAUUUCAAAAGAUAUAAUAUCCAUCAUAAACAAUGUGUUCCAGGCACCCUGGGGUGGUUCUCACACAUGUCAGAAAGAUGAAAAAGCAGUUGAAUGUGGUCUGUGUCAGUCCAGCAUUCUGUGUUACCAGCUGGGUUUUGAGCUGCUGGAACAGCUUGCUCCAAAAGAAGAAAUCAGGCUAGUGGAGCCCACAGAUAACCUCGAGGAUAGUCUUCUGUAUACUAGACCCGAGUUUAUUAUAGGAACUGAAGGAGAAGAGGAAGACAAAUCAGCACCAAAACAUGGAGAAAACCCAGGGAAUCACACAGAGACCACAGAAAAUACUGCUGUAAAGAAUGACACAGAAAGAAAAUUUUGUUAUCAGCAGCUUCCAGUUACCUUGAAGCUCAUAUACACUAUACUGCAGGAAAUGUCAAGAUUUGAAGAACCAGACAUUCUUUUUAACAUGCUGAACUGUCUGAAGAUUCUUUGUCUUCAUGGAGAAUGUCUUUACAUAGCAAGAAAGGACCAUCCACAAUUUCUUGCCUAUAUUCAAGAUCAUAUGCUGAUUUCAAGCUUAUGGGGAGUUGUGAAGUCUGAGUUCUCUCAGCUUUCUUCCCUGGCAGUCCCACUUGUUCUUCAUGCACUUUCACUUCCUCAUGGAGCUGACAUUUUCUGGACAAUCAUAAACAGCAAUUUCAACAGCAAAGAUUGGAAGAUGAGGUUUGAAGCAGUGGAGAAGGUGGCAGUUUUGUGCAGAUUUUUGGAUAUCCACUCUGUGACAAAAAACCACCUACUGAAGUACUCUUUGGCUCACGCAUUCUGCUGUUUCCUGACUGCUGUGGAAGAUGUCAACCCAGCAGUAGCUACAAGAGCUGGAUUAUUACUUGACACCAUAAAGAGGCCAGCUUUACAGGGUCUUUGCCUCUGCCUUGAUUUCCAGUUUGACACAGUUGUCAAGGACAGGCCCACAAUUCUUAGUAAGCUUUUGCUACUUCAUUUUCUAAAAGCGGAUAUUCCAGCUUUGAGCUGGGAGUUCUUUGUGAAUCGCUUUGAGACCUUGUCUCUGGAAGCACAGCUUCAUCUGGACUGCAACAAAGAAUUCCCUUUCCCAACAACUAUCACUGCUGUCCGGACAAAUGUCGCCAACCUCAGUGAUGCAGCAAUGUGGAAGAUCAAGAGGGCUCGUUUCGCACGUAAUCGUCAGAAGAGUGUGCGUUCCCUGAGGGACAGUGUGAAGGGACCAGUGGAGUCAAAGAGAGCGCUCUCCCUUCCAGAAACCUUAACCACCAAAAUUCCUGUGAGCUUGACCAGACACGAGCAAUCUGCUCCAGCACUUGGCGGAACACCAGAGCAAACACCAGGACAACCCUCCCCAGAAAAUGAUAAUACGAUAAAAGACUUACUGCCAGAGGAUGCUGGGAUUGAUCACCAGACUGUUCACCAGCUCAUCACUGUGCUAAUGAAGUUCAUGGCGAAGGAUGAAAGCAGUGCUGAGUCGGACAUCAGCAGUGCUAAAGCUUUCAACACAGUCAAGCGCCAUCUGUAUGUCCUGCUUGGUUAUGAUCAGCAGGAAGGAUGCUUCAUGAUUGCACCACAAAAAAUGCGUGUUUCCACCUGCUUUAAUGCCUUUAUUGCUGGAAUUGCACAAGUGAUGGACUACAACAUCAACCUGGGAAAACACCUUCUUCCUUUGGUGGUGCAGGUGUUGAAAUACUGCACUUGUCCUCAGCUAAGGCAUUACUUUCAGCAACCUCCUCGCUGCUCCCUCUGGUCCCUCAAACCUCACAUUCGGCAGAUGUGGUUAAAGGCUUUACUAGUCAUUCUCUAUAAGUACCCCUACAGAGACUGUGAAAUCAGCAAGAUUGUACUUCACCUAAUCCAUAUCACAGUCAAUACCCUCAAUGCUCAGUAUCACAGCUGCAAGCCCCAUGCAACUGCUGGUCCUUUGUAUAGUGACAACAGUAACAUAAGCCGAUACAGUGAAAAGGAAAAAGCAGAGGAAGACAGUGUUUUUGAUGAGUCUGACAUUCACGAUACACCAACUGGACCUUGCAAUAAAGAAUCUCAAACAUUCUUCGCAAGACUGAAAAGAAUUGGUGGCAGCAAAAUGGUGAAAUAUCAACCAGUUGAGAUGAAUGCGCAGAGAAGUGAAAUAGAGCUGGCUGAAUAUAGAGAGACGGGGGCCUUACAAGACAGUAUUCUACGCUGUGUGAGAGAAGAAAGCAUUCAGAAAAAAAAACUGCGGUCUCUAAAACAAAAAUCUCUUGAUAUAGGGAAUGCAGACUCCCUGUUGUUUACAUUAGAUGAGCAUCGCAGGAAGUCCUGCAUAGAUCGAUGUGACUUAGAAAAACCACCUGUCCCUGCUGCUUACGUGAUACACAGGCAGAGUGAUUAUGGACGAUCUCGGCAGAAUUCUUCUACUAAAGCUGAAAAUAUAGAAAUACAAGAAAAUCCUCCUCCUGCAGAGAGUUUCCAGGAAACAAGAAGACCUGUCAUACCAGAAGUUAGGUUAAACUGCAUGGAAACCUUUGAAGUGAAGGUGGACUCUCCAGUUAAACCUACUGGUCCCAAGGAAGAUUUAGAUCUGAUAGAUUUGUCCUCUGACUCAACAUCAGGUCCUGAAAAGCAUUCAGUACUUUCUACUUCAGACAGUGACUCUUUAGUCUUUGAACCACUUCCUCCUCUACGAAUAGUGGAGAGUGAUGAAGAAGAAACAACAAACCAGUUAAAUGAUGAGGUCUCUGGCAAAACUACAGUGUCAUCUCCCUCAACUCCUAUCAAUGUCUCUGCUCUCAGCCUCAGCACAACUCCUCUGGUCCAGUUCAGCAUUGAAGAUUGCUCCAAAGACUUUAGUUCUAAGGAUACAAGCAACAGCACUUCAGCAGGAAUAGAGGACAUCCUUUCUACUUCUCCCAAAGAUAAAAAGAACUCUUCAGAUUUAGAUAAGCCAGAGGAACUUCAUGACGUAUCCUGUGGGAACUCACUAACACUGAAACAGAAAAGGGACCUGCUGCAGAAGUCAUUUGCCCUUCCAGAAAUGUCCCUUGAUGAUAACUCUGAACUCAGUGUGGAGGACAUUAGGCCUAGUGGAGCAAUUCCAAGUCCCAGUGUUAAAACAGUCCUCAUUAAAGUUCCUGAGGAUUCUGAAAACCAAACUGAAAGUGAUAAACUUGGUAACAACGCAGAGUCUGAUACUGAGCAAAACACAGAACAAAAACAAGAAGAGGAGACCGAGGAGUCAGAAUUUAAGAUUCAGAUUGUUCCCCGCCAGAGGAAGCAGAGGAAGAUUGCUGUAAGUGCUAUUCAGAGAGAAUACCUGGACAUUUCCUUUAACAUCCUCGACAAGCUGGGAGAGCAGAAGGAGGCAGAUCCUGCUGCUAAAGGACUUUCAACUCUGGAAAUGCCAAGAGAAUCAUCUUCUGCACCAACCCUUGAAGCAGGUGUCCCAGAGACUAGUAGUCACUCUUCCAUAUCAACUCAGUUCAGACAAAUGAAAAGAGGCUCUUUGGGAGCUCUGACAAUGAACCAGCUAAUGAAGAGGCAGCUGGAACACCAGUCUAGUGCUCCCCACAAUAUCAGCACUUGGGAUACUGAGCAGAUACAGCAUGGAAAGCGGCUGUGCAAUGUCCCUGUUUGCCUAAACCCUGACUUGGAGGGACCACCACUAAGAAUCAGAGGUGCCACAAAAUCCAGCUUGUUGUCAGCGCCCAGUAUAGUCAGUAUGUUUGUACCUGCACCAGAAGAAUUUGCUGAUGACCAGCCCACUGUGAUGACUGACAAAUGCCAUGAUUGUGGAGCAAUUCUUGAAGAAUAUGAUGAAGAAACACUAGGCCUGGCCAUAGUUGUGCUCUCAACCUUCAUUCACCUUAGUCCAGACUUGGCUGCUCCUCUACUCUUGGACAUCAUGCAGUCUGUUGGAAGGUUGGCAUCAAGUACCAGUUUCUCCAAUCAAGCAGAAAGCAUGAUGAUCCCUGGAAAUGCUGCAGGUGUGGCCAAGCAGUUCCUCCGCUGUGUGUUCCAUCAGCUGGCUCCCAAUGGCAUCUUCCCCCAGCUCUUCCAGAGCAAUAUUAAAGAUGGAAGUUUCUUGCGGACCUUAGCUACAUCCCUUAUGGACUUCAGUGAGCUGAGUUCUAUUGCUGCUCUGAGCCAGCUAUUAGAGGGUUUAAAUAACAAAAAGAAUUUACCAGCAGGGGGUGCGAUGCUACGCUGUUUGGAUAAUAUUGCCACCUUUAUGGAAGCCUUGCCAAUGGAUUCACCCAGCAACCUUUGGACUACAAUUAGUAAUCAGUUUCAGACCUUCCUUACCAAACUCCCCUGUGUUUUGCCACUUAAGUGUUCUUUAGAUUCUAGUUUAAGAAUAAUGAUUUGCUUGCUGAAGAUACCUACUACUAGUGCCACCAGGAGCCUUCUGGAGCCUUUUUCAAAAUUACUAAGUUUUGUCAUUCAGAAUGCUGUCUUCACUCUGGCCUACCUGGUGGAACUGUGUGGUUUGUGCUACCGAGCCUUCACUAAGGAAAGGGACAAAUUCUACUUGACACGCAGUGUCAUAUUGGAGUUAUUGCAGGCACUGAAGUUAAAGUCACCAUUACCAGACAUGAAUCUAUUGCUGCUGGUGCAGUUUGUUUGUGCAGAUGCUGGAACUAAACUAGCUGAAUCAACAAUCUUGCAUAAACAGAUGAUUGCCUCUCUGCCUGGAUGUGGAACAGCAGCAAUGGAAUGCAUGAGGCAGUAUGUUGGGGAAGUGCUGGAUUUCAUUGCAGAUAUGCAUACCUUAACCAAAUUAAAGAGUCAUAUGAAGACUUGUUCUCAGCCACUGCAUGAAGACACGUUUGGUGGGCAUCUGAAAGUUGGUUUAGCUCAGAUUACUGCUAUGGAAAUCACACGAGGAAACCACAGAGACAACAAAGCUGUGAUCCGAUAUUUGCCUUGGCUUUACCAUCCUCCUUCAGCAAUGCAACAAGGGCCCAAAGAAUUCAUAGAAUGUGUUUCACAUAUUCGCUUGCUGUCCUGGCUACUCCUGGGGUCACUGACACACAAUGUUGUCUGUCCAAAUUCUCCAUCAUCUUGCAUGCCUAUUCCACUGGAUGCAGGUUCACAAAUUGCUGAUCACCUUAUUGUUAUUCUGAUUGGGUUUCCAGAGCAAUCAAAGACAUCUGUUUUGCACAUGUGUUCCCUCUUCCACGCAUUUAUAUUUGCUCAGCUUUGGACAGUGUAUUGUGAACAAACAGCAGUAGCUCCGACCGUCCAGAAUCAGAAUGAAUUUAGUUUUACAGCAAUCCUUACAGCCCUGGAGUUCUGGAGCCGAGUAACACCGAGCAUCCUACAGCUGAUGGCACAUAACAAAGUGAUGGUGGAAAUGGUAUGUCUGCAUGUGAUUAGUUUAAUGGAGGCUUUACAGGAAUGCAACUCUACUAUCUUUGUAAAGCUAAUACCAAUGUGGUUGCCAAUGAUACAGUCAAAUCUUAAGCAUUUGUCUGCUGGACUCCAGCUACGCCUCCAAGCCAUCCAGAGCAAUGUCAACCAUCACAGCCUAAGGAUGUUACAGGGGUCAGGACAAAUGAACAAUAGCUCGUCAGUGCUCCGCAAAUGGCUGCAGUGUACCCAAUUUAAAAUGGCUCAAGUGGAAAUUCAGUCAUCAGAAGCUGCAUCUCAGUUUUAUCCUUUAUGAUUCAUGUAAAUUGCUCCAAAUGUCAAUUUUUAGUCUAGCAAUAACGGAGUUAGAGCUGUAGAACACCUUUUGUAAAAAUCAGUAUACAGACUAUAUACUGUAUCUAUACUUUUUAGCCUAGAACAGAUUGUGGAAAAGUUUAUGUGAAAGCUAGGAGCCUGACCCUGCCAGUCCUUAAUUACAUUAAUCAUUUAUGCUCAAAUGAGCAAGAUCAACAGGUAUUCAAGUCUGCAUUCACAAACAUGUAUAUUGCAGGAUUGGACUCAAAUCUAUUGCAUUGUACAUAUCUCUCUAAUCACUGAAAUAUCUCGUUAAUAAAUGUUUCUUUACAUUAUUUUUGAAGCUAAAACAAAAAUCACCUUUCUUUAACUUCUAUUUUUUUUAAAACUAGAAUUGUGGGUAUUCACAAACAUAUGGAAGUGCUAUGUUGCUAUUUUUUGAUGAUAAUAAAGAAAACUGGCUUUUUAGUAACCUUUAUAGUUGUUUGGGGAGAUUUUUUUUUUUAGAUUCACAGCUGGCAAUGCAAUAAAACCUGUCACUACAAAACAGUGGUGUUCUAAUGAGGCUUUUUGUCACCAUCUUCUGGGAAAACAGCAGCUUUUAAGGAGAGUUAUUAUAAAGUGCACUUAGAGAUUAGAUUGUUAAACUGUGCCAAUUCAUUUGUCUUUUUUUUCUUUAAUACUGUUUUCCAAAGCUGCCAAGCCUAAUUUAUUAUUUUUUUUGAAAUAUUGCUUUUACUUCAUCAAUGCUGUGCUGCUCUUUGUAGGUUUCAUAUAAGCCUCUGAUUUUUGUGAAUACUGUAUUGUAUUCUUCUGUAAUACUUGUAUACAGUGCAAUUAAAAAUGGAUAGCUCAGACUUAUUCUGAUUGAUGUCUACGGAAAUUGUAUUUUGAGACUUCAGAAGAGCAUGGUUGGACCUGAACAUUUGCAUAAUAAUAUUAUCAAAUUGCACCAUUUGCAUACUGUUGUAUUGAACAUGAUGUUUAAUAACAAAUGGAUUUUAAUAUCAUUGAGAGGCCCAGCCAAAGCCUAUUGAAAUUUAAGAACAUUCAAUAAAUUCAGUGAAUUUUGCCUCAAA